GAGAGGUGGGAGAGGCCAGGGCAGAGGGAGGCCCCGGGUGGGCUGGGAAGCAUCGCCUGGUGCGGGCCAUCGCAUUCCAGGGCCAGCGACUUCUCCGCAGAGCGACCGCGCGGGUUCUCAGAGCGCCUCCCCGAGCCACACUAGGAGCGCUGGACCGCGGGGGAGAGGCUCGGAGGGCGGCCAGCUCCCAGCAAGGCGGCCUAGCGGGCAGGUAGAGGGCCCGGCCCCUCGCCAGCCCUCUCUGCCUGUUCUCCCUGCGCCGGGGCGCUCCAGGUCCCAGCCCCGAGCCCUAGCGGCUCCCCACUCCAUGACCUCUGGACGCCCCGUCGGGUCCAAACCGGAUAGGCAGGGCGCGAGCGCCCGGGCGGAGGGGCCGCGGGAGCUCAAGCGGGGCUCGGUGCGCGCCCCAGCCGCCGGCCUGCGCUAUCCCUGCAGAUGUCGGGAGCUAUCUUUGGGCCUCCGGAGGGCCCGAGCGCCCUGGACGCCGCUGGCGUCCACCCGCUGGUGUGCCCGCUGUGCCACGUGCAGUACCAGCGCCCGUGUCUUCUGGACUGCUUCCAUGACUUCUGUGCCGGCUGCCUUCGUGGCCUCACGACCGACGGCCGCCUCACCUGCCCACUGUGCCAACAGCAGACUGUGGUGAAGGGUCCCAGCGGGCUCCCGCCGGUGGACCGGCUGAUGCAGUUCCUGGUGGACAGCUCCGGGGAUGGCGUGGAGGCGGUGCGCUGUGCCAACUGUGACCGGGAGUGCAGCGAGCAGGCAGGAGCAGCAGGGGCGGGUGGGUGGGGAGUGAAGGGUCCCAGGUUGCACAGUCUCCAGUGUUUGCACAUGCACCUAGCAUGUCCUCAGAGGACCACCUGCCAGUGGAUUCCCCAGCACCUCCCUAAGGCACCUUGGCCCCGAAUGUGGGCCCCAUUAUACCCAGGGGGAGACUGAGGUCAGAACAAGGGACUUGAGGCAGUGUCCAGAUAGUGGCCAUUCGAUCUGGGGAGGGCUCGCUGGUCUCCACCUCAGGGUGGAGCUGUGGACUCAAGCAGGAAGGGUGGUCUAGCCUGCAGGCCUGGGCCGAUCCCAGAGGACCUCUGCUACCCAAGUGGCACAGAAGCAGCUACAGCCCGGCGGAGGUGAGGACAGCAUGCUGUUCCCCUGGGCUGUAAAGGACACUGGGGACUCUGGCCUGCGGAGGCCGGAAAGGGUACCGGGAAUCCCAUGAGGACGGCCCUACAGGGACAAAAGCUCUGGCGAUCUGGGCAAGUGCUGAGAAAUGUGGGAGCCAGAGGUACAGAGAGGAUGAACAGGAGGCAGGGACUCCAGGGAGCGCCUGUUCUGUCACCCACUGCCUGUCCCCACACCAGGGCUGCAACACAAGCCCUGGCCUCCCAGCCCUGGGUCUGGCUUGGGGAGGAUAACCAGAAAGCCCUCCCUGCUCUUCUCCUCCCCGCUGAGGUGUGACUCUGGACGGCCAGGGUGCACACCACCUUUUGGCCACUAUUGAGUGUGUCAAGAGGUCAGUGAGAGGCCUUCAGACCCCUUUUGUUGCAGGUAAAACGUUUGUUUCAUAAAAGCAGUCUCUGCCGUCUCCCCCUGACCCCCACACCCCCAAGGACCUACUUACCCAGCCUCUGAGCUGCAGUGCCCUCAUCUGUAAACUGGGUAUAUCAGAGCGCCAAGUGCCCGGAUUACAGGAAGGGGCUGCGUGUGGCUGAGCACCCGACCACGGCUGGGUCAAACACGCGCGGUGAUUCGGGUCGACUGCGGUUCCCGCGCUGGCCGCGGUCGGGCUCUGGCGCUCCUGAGCCGGCUCUCGGCCCGCAGGACGUGGAGACCACGUACUUCUGCAACACGUGCGGACAGCCCCUGUGCGCGCGCUGCCGCGACGAGACGCACCGGGCUCGCAUGUUCGCGCGUCACGACAUCGUGGCCCUGGGCCAGCGAAGCCGCGACAUGCCCCAGAAGUGCACGCUGCACGGAGAGCCCUACCUCCUGUUCUCCACCGACAAGAAGUUGCUGCUGUGCAUCCGCUGCUUCCGCGACAUGCAGGGGGAGAGCCGGGCGCACUGCGUGGACCUGGAAUCGGCUUAUGUGCAGGGCUGCGAGCGGCUGGAGCAGGCGGUGCUGUCCGUGAAGGCCCUGCAGACGGCCACGCGGGAGGCCAUCGCGCUGCUGCAGGCCAUGGUGGAGGAGGUGCGGCACAGCGCGGCCGAGGAGGAGGACGCCAUCCACGCCCUGUUUGGCAGCAUGCAGGACAGGCUGGCAGAGAGGAAAGCGCUGCUGCUUCAGGCUGUGCAGAGCCAAUAUGAAGACAAGGACAAGGCCUUCAAGGAGCAGCUCUCUCACUUGGCCACCUUGCUGCCCACCCUGCAGGUCCAUCUGGUCAUCUGCUCCUCCUUCCUCAGCUUGGCCAACAAGGCUGAGUUCCUGGACCUGGGCUACGAGCUGAUGGAGAGGCUGCAGGGCAUCGUCACACGGCCGCACCGCCUGAGGCCUGCGCAGAGCAGCAAGAUUGCCAGUGACCACCGAGCCGAGUUCGCGCACUGUCUGGAGCCGCUGCUGCUGCUGGGGCCGCGCCGGGUGGCAGCUGCAGUGGGUGGUGCGAGCAUGCUGGCAGGGGGCUCAGGCCCAAAGGUGCUGACGGGGCCCCACUGCCCCUCCCCGACAGGAAAGACGUCGGGGUCACCCGUCCAAAAGCCCACGCUGCACCGAUCCGUGGGCACCGAAGUGCUGUUGGCGGAGGGCGAGAACACGCCCUUCACACAGCACUGCCGCCACUAUGAGGACUCCUACCGGCGCCUGCAGGUGGAGAUGCAGAACCUGAAGGACCAGGUACAGGAGCUGCACCGGGACCUCACCAAGCACCACUCACUCAUCAAGGUGGAGAUCAUGGGAGAUGUCCUGCGAAAGUCCCUGCAGCUGGACACGCGGAUCGCCUCGGAGCACGCCUCCUUAGAGGGCAUGAGGGUCAUCUUCCAGGAGAUUUGGGAGGAGUCCUAUCAGCGAGUGGCUAAGGAGCAGGAGAUUUAUGAAGCCCAGCUCCAUGACCUUCUCCAGCUGAGGCAGGAGAAUGCCUACCUGACCACCAUCACCAGGCAGAUCACGCCCUAUGUCCUCUCCAUUGCCAAGGUGAAGGAGCGGCUGGAGCCCAGGUUUCAGGCACCUGUGGAUGAGCAGUCAGAGAGUCUACAAAACACGCAGGACGACAGCAGGAACAGCGUGGCCUUAGCCAGGAAUAAUCCAGGAAGUGUCCCAGAAAAGAAAGAGAAGACAUCAGAGUCUAAAGGAAACACCUGGGCUCUGAACAGCCUCUCGGAAGAGCUUCUACCGAAAAACAAGGAUCAUCACAGACCCAAACAGAAAAAUGGGAGCAAUGUCUCCACACGGAGGGAACAGCCGGCUUAGCAAGUGGGACCGGUCCCCAAGGUCAGGCUCUUAGAGCAGGCAUCAGACUGGGACACUGGAGAGAAGGUUGUUCCCAUGAUGGUUAUUUUAAUUUUUUUGAGAUCGAGUUUUACUCUUUGUUGUUGUUGCCCAGGCUGGAGUGCAGUGGUGCAAUCUCAGCUCACUGUAACCUCCACCCCCUGGGUUCAAGUGAUUAUCCUGCCUCAGCCUCCUGAGUAGUUGGGAUUACAGGUGCCCGCCACCACAUCCAGCUAAUUUUUUGUAUUUUUAGUAGAGACAGGGUUUCAUCAUGUUGGCCAGGCUGGCCUCCAGACCUCAGGUGAUCCACCCACCUCAGUGUCUCAAAGUACUAGGAUUGCAGGUGUGAGCCACCAUGCCUGGCCAACGGUUUUUUGUUUGUUUGUUUUUUGAGGCAGAGUUUCGCUCUUGGUGCCCAGGCUGGAGUGCAAUGGUGCGAUCUCAGCUCACCGCAACCUCCACUUCCUGGGAAUCUCCUACCUCAGCCUCCAGAGUAGCUGGGAUUACAAGCAUGUGCCACUACACUCAGCUAAUUUUUUGUAUUUUUAGGAGAGACGGAGUUUCUCCAUGUUGGUCAGGCUGGCCUUGAACUCCCGAACUCAAGCAAUCCUCCUACCUCAGCUUCCCAAAGUGCUGAGGUUACAGGCAUGAGCCACCGUCCCCAGCCGGUUAUUUCUUGAAAAGGUAAUCACUUGUCAAUCGUGAACCUGGCAGCUCCGACAGGUCAUAAUUUCAGAUUCUUUGGCUUGGGCUGUUUUGCUUUUGCCCGUGUUUGCAUGGCACGAAGUCUUCGUCCUUGUCACAGUGGCUUGUGAUGACUCCCAGUCCCCAUGGAAAACAUUCAGGGAGUCGCCAUCCAGGAAGAAAUCCCUCACCCGUUCCACUCCUAUGCACCGAGUGUCCGUGUGCCACGCCCUGUGCUGGGGCAGGGCGUGCUCCGUCAGGCUGUGCCAGUUUGAGUUGCAGGUAACAAGACUCCACUGCUGAGUAGCAUCUGCCCUAUCACAAAGGAAUCCAGUUUCUCCGGAAUUACAGUCCCACUGUUAACUUGGUGCCACUGGAAAGUCCCACCCAGUAAUCUGAGCAGUGACUCACGGAAGGACGAGGAACCUUUGUUCCAGCUUCUCUCCCUUUCCAGCAAGUGCAGAGCUCCUGCAGCCAGAGGUUAGCAGCUGGCCAGCUUACGUGGCAGAUGGUCUCGGUUACAACUCGCUGCUUUCCCAAACUACCGCACCCCUCCUGCGUCUGCCUUCCAUUGAUAGCGACGCCCUGGGCAGCAGCAACCUUUCUUCUGGUAGCUUUUUCUGAGCAGUUUUCCUUUUCUCUGGAGUACCCUUUUCAUUUAGAGGAGUUUAAUAAAUGCUUUUAAAAAUUAACCCA